GGGGUGUGCAUCGCUUCAGUGUGUGUGAAUACGCACAGCCAGCAGAGAAGUGAUGGUUAGGAGAGAUGUAAGUGGCGUCGGUCGCAGCUCUCCAAAGCUGUAAGCUUUGGUUAGGGGAGAGGUGUGGCGUACUCUUGCCACCUCCAAGAUCGAAAACCACCUGUAUGGAUGACAGUGUGAACCAGUCGCCCUCAUCAUCCGCCAGGCACAGGGACAGGAACGCGACUGACAGGCGGGGUGAUGUCGAGGUGAAGAAGGGCGUCAUGACGGUGGAAAACAUGCUGGAGGAGUCCGCCGUGCUCUCGGCGCCUCACCUGUCGGUGGAUCGAUACGAGCGCGGCCGACAGGGAUGCUGCGAGAGGGUGGUGAUCAACAUUUCGGGUUUACGCUUCGAGACGCAACUUAAAACUUUCAACCAGUUCCCAGACACGCUGCUGGGGGACCCCAGGAAAAGGAUGCGCUACUUUGACCCACUGAGGAACGAGUACUUCUUUGACAGGAACAGACCGAGCUUUGAUGCCAUCCUGUACUACUACCAGUCAGGGGGGCGCAUACGGAGACCUGUUAACGUCCCCAUUGAUAUUUUCUCAGAGGAGAUCAGGUUUUAUCAACUCGGAGAAGAGGCCAUGGAGAAAUUCCGUGAUGAUGAAGGGUUUAUAAAAGAAGAGGAGCGCGUACUGCCCAAAAACGAUUUCCAAAAGCAGGUUUGGCUUUUGUUUGAGUACCCAGAAAGCUCUGGGCCAGCGAGAGGAAUAGCCAUCGUCUCGGUGCUUGUUAUUUUGAUCUCAAUUGUUAUUUUCUGCAUGGAGACUCUACCGGAAUUUCGGGAUGAGAGAGACCAAUCCACAGUAGCACCCUCAGUCAAUGGCACCUCUCCACACGUGCAAAGCCCAUUCACAGACCCCUUCUUUGUGAUUGAGACUCUGUGCAUCAUAUGGUUCUCUUUCGAGUUGCUGGUCAGGUUUUUCGCCUGCCCCAGCAAAACUUCCUUCUCCAAAAACAUCAUGAAUAUCAUUGACAUCGUCGCCAUAAUCCCCUACUUUAUCACUUUGGGGACUGAGCUGGCCGAGAAGGAAACCAACAGCGGUCAACAGGCGAUGUCCCUCGCCAUCCUGAGGGUGAUUAGACUGGUGAGGGUCUUUCGCAUUUUUAAGCUGUCACGACACUCAAAGGGACUCCAGAUUUUGGGACAGACCCUCAAAGCCAGCAUGAGGGAGCUCGGCUUGCUCAUAUUCUUUCUUUUCAUCGGAGUUAUUCUGUUCUCCAGUGCGGUUUACUUUGCAGAAGCAGACGACCCUUCGUCCAGUUUCACCAGCAUCCCAGAUGCGUUUUGGUGGGCAGUGGUCACUAUGACCACGGUGGGGUAUGGAGACAUGCAUCCGGUGACCAUUGGUGGGAAAAUAGUUGGGUCGUUGUGCGCAAUAGCAGGCGUACUGACCAUUGCCUUACCCGUGCCAGUGAUUGUGUCCAAUUUCAACUACUUUUACCACAGGGAGACUGACGGAGAGGAGCACCCACAGUACGUGCACACAGGCAGCUGUGAGCACCUCCCCUCUGAGGAGCUGAGGAGGUCGUGCAGCUCCUCGUCCCUAAGCAAGUCUGAGUACAUGGUGAUAGAGGAGGGCAUGAACAGUGCGUUCAAACAGCCCAACUUCAGCACCGAAAACAACCAGAACUGCGUGAACAUCAAAAAGAUCUUCACAGACGUGUAAAUGAACUCCAAAUCAUUUAACGGAGCAUGAAGAAAUAGUAGCUCUAAUAUUAUUUUUAUAUAUAGCCAAUCGUAAUGUGUCCGUCCAUAUCUGUGGAUGAGCGCUGCGUAAAAGUCCGUUUUAACAAGUCAUUUUUAUGUAUUUAAGCAAAUGAGAAAUUCAGACUCUACUUAUUUCCAGUGUAGAUUCACACGUUUGAGUAUUUCUCAGAGAUCAAGAAGUAUUAAUAUGACCCCAAAACACUGGAAAAGUAUUCAUUUCGGCCCAAGCUGUGUCAGAAAACAUCGUUAGCGGCUUGUUAAACCAGACAUUUUUGCAGUUUAUAGUACCACACGAUGCCUACAUAUCUUGAUGUUAACGACGUCUUGUGCUUCGUGGAAAAAGACUGUCACUGUCCAGUAAUGUUAUGAAUAAACUAUAAUAAUGUAUAGGUUAUAUUUAAUAUCAUAACCUGUCGAGAUGUUGGACUCUUGUUCAGAUUAAUAUUCAGGUAAUAACAGAGUGCUGUAGAUGGAAAACGCUUAUCAUAAGAGCUUUUCAUAAAAUUGUAUUUUUAUUCACAACAUGCCUAUAUAGCCUAUAUUAAAUAAAAACGA